CCGCGUCGUGAUUGGCCGCUCCAGGAGGAGGCUGCCAUGACACGGUGGAUGCUGCACGGAAUCAGUUCCACAGCAUCAGCAGGCGGCGAGACCUCCAUCCUCCUUCUCGUUCUCCCUCUCUCUCUCUCUCUGUCUCUCUCUCUCUUUUAUCCUCCUUUGCCUCUCCUCCUCUCACCUCCACCCUUGCUCUUCUCCUCUCCCCUCUCCUCUCCCUCGGACAGCAACGCGGAACUGGAGCGAGGCCUUCUCGGGCUGUCUGCAGCAGAGGACGCACACACACCAGCGGGGGGAUAGCAGCAGCAGCAGCAGCAGCAGCAGCAGCAGCAGGCAGACUGGUAGGUGUGCUGAGGCCUGUCUCCCUCCUGCAGCACAGGGAAGACAUUGCGUUCUCCUCUGAUCUCCGUCAAGGACUAUCUAUGAGAGGUGUGUGUGUGUGGGUGUGUGUGCGUGUGACAGAGCAGGGAUCUGGAAAGUAGGCAGGACCACCACACCCUGGGAGCAUUUACUACCACUGCCGGAGCUACACUGGGUGAAUGUAGAUAUUAUCAUCCUCUUCAUCCUGCCGUCUCUGUGUGUGCAUGCAGACGGGUUUAUAUUCUCUCUCUCUCUCUCUGCUGGAGCUGUUUGUUGUCUUUCCUCCACUCCAUGGCGGUGGGAUUUCAGUCGACGAGGCCUCGCGCAUCUGCACACGUGUUUCUGUGCUAAUGAGUGUGUUAAACGCCUAAUAAAGGUCACACCAUUUGGCAUGCGAGUGUAUCGUCAGCACCCGCCUAAUGACAGCCCUCCUCCUUCUCUUUCCAACAUCAUCACCAGCCCUUCACAUCCUCCACCUCCACUACUCUCCUCCUUUCUGUCCUCCCCGCAUCUUCCUUUCCCCCUCACCCCCUUUUCCUCCUCCUUGAAAAAACCCAAACCCCUCUUUCUCCUGCCUCUCUUCAUUCACCAUCGCCCUCUCCAUCUUCACGCCUCUUCUCCUUCCGGCUGGCUGUUUUUUCCCCCCCCGGAUGCCUUGCUCCAGGCCUCUUCGCUAGGCCCCAGCAGCAUGGGCGCAGCCUGUGCGGGGAGAGAGAGCACGGAUCGGACCCUUCCACUCAGGACGGGCGCGUCGGCGGGUCACCCUCCCUCGGCUUCAGAUGGGCGAGGACGCUGAGAGCCCCAAAAUCAACCACACCUUCCUACGAGACUACGUCACUGAAGCUGAUGUCAUCUCUACGGUGGAGUUUAACCAGACAGGGGACCUGCUGGCCACGGGGGAUAAAGGUGGCCGAGUGGUCAUCUUCCAGAGAGAGACUGAGUCCAAAGGGGAAUCAGAGGAGGUGGGGGAGACGGGGGACUGUGGCGAGUACAAUGUCUACAGCACAUUCCAGAGCCACGAGCCGGACUUUGACUACCUGAAGAGCCUGGAGAUCGAAGAGAAGAUCAACAAGAUCAGAUGGCUGCCACAGCAGAACGCGGCACAUUUCCUCCUCUCCACCAAUGAUAAGACCAUUAAAUUGUGGAAGGUGAGUGAGAGAGACAAGAGACCAGAGGGAUACAACCUGAAAGAUGAGGAGGGGCGGAUCAAGGACACCUCUACCAUCACCUCUCUGCAGGUGCCGGUGCUGAAACCCACAGAUCUGAUGGUCGAGGUCCGUCCCAGACGAGUGUUCUCCAAUGGGCACACCUACCACGUUAACUCCAUCUCAGUCAACAGCGACGGGGAGACCUACCUGUCUGCUGACGACCUCCGCAUCAACAUGUGGCACCUGGGCAUCACGGACCGCAGCUUCAACAUCGUGGACAUCAAACCAGCCAACAUGGAGGAUCUGACGGAGGUGAUAACAGCGGCGGAGUUCCACCCUCACCACUGCCACCUGUUUGUGUACAGCAGCAGCAAGGGCACCCUGCGCCUCUGUGACAUGAGAGCCUCCGCGCUCUGUGACCGACACUCCAAACUAUUUGAGGAACCUGAGGAUCCAGGGAGCCGGUCCUUCUUCUCAGAGAUCAUUUCCUCUGUGUCGGACGUCAAGUUUAGCCACAGUGGGCGGUACCUGCUGACCAGAGACUACCUCACCGCCAAGGUGUGGGACUUGAACAUGGACAAGGGCCCCGUGGAGACGUACCAGGUCCAUGAAUACCUGAGGAGUAAGCUGUGUUCCCUCUAUGAAAACGACUGCAUCUUUGACAAGUUUGAGUGUGUUUGGAACAGCUCAGACAGCGUGAUCAUGACAGGGGCGUACAACAGCUUCUUCCGGAUGUUCGACAGGGAGACGGGCCGAGGCGUAACCCUGGAGGCUUGGCGAGAGAGCAGCAAGCCUCGGGCCGUGCUGCGGACCCGGCGAGUGUACAACGGCGGUAAGCGGCGCCGCGGGGACGUGGGGGUCGACAGCCUGGACUUCACCAAGAAAAUCCUGCACAUGGCUUGGCACCCAUCUGAGAACAUCAUUGCCAUAGCGGCCACCAACAACCUGUACAUCUUCCAGGAUCGCGUCAACCCGGAAACACAGUUACAGUGACAAAGACAUGAACAGCGGCACAAAUCUAUAUUUGGAUGUCUUAGAGACGGCAUGUGGACUGAACGGCCGUUAUGAGAAGAUUUAGUCAACAACCAGGCUGGUUCACAACAUACUGACCGUUUGUGUUGAUAUAAGAUUGGAUUAAUGAUAAAAUCUUAAGACUGUUAAUAUAUUCAAACCCCUACAGAGCGUGUGUAAUCCUUUUUUGCUCAACACUGAGAUGAACUGAUGCCUCCUGUACCCAUCAGGGCAUGUUUUUUGGUCCCACACUACUCCCACUUUUUAAAGAUGUUUGUGUAACUGCUCCACCGUAGGGGCGGUAGGAGAGGUGCGGGGACACCUCUCCCUCUGCAGUGACUCAGUGCUGUUGACCACACAAUGUUGCACUCCUCACUGAUGCGCUCUUGUACCUUUUUUGGCACAAAAAUGAAAGAUAGGCGUUUCGUAGCAACGGACGAAACGUAAAGGUCCCAAUGACUUUGCCAGAAAGUGCAACUAAAUGUAAGCAUUUUUUUUCACUAUUGUGGAGUAGGAGUUGUAUUAUCGUACAGCUCUUCACAACAACAUCCUAAACCUUUCUCUAUCUGGGUCGCCAACAGCGGUUGAACCUCUCCCUCAGAGCAGUGCUCUUCGAGAUUUCUCGUUUAAAUGCCCUGUAAUCUUCGCCCUAUUCACUUUGCAAUAAUAGCACUGAUGAAAACACAGUGCAAGCAGUAUUCUUGCUUUCAAACAUGAGCUCUUCUUCUACAGGUAUACACUCUUUUUACUGUUAGCUGUAAAUAUUAUGUGUUGUCUCUUUUUGUUAUUAUUAUAAAGGCGGUACCAAUUUUGGGUCCAGAGAGCUAAAGGAUAAAAGAGGAGUACACUGCAGAUCAGAAAGAUUACGAGAUGGAAUUAUAUUUCAGUUGAAGACUCGAUAUAUAGGGGAUUUUUCUCGUAGCAAGACAUAGAUAGGUAUUGCCAGCUGUGGCGAUGGAGGGGGGAGUUGUGCACAAACCAACAAUUACAGUUUUGUUAUGUAUAUUGGGCCCGUAUUGGGUUUUAAUUGAAGUAAUUUCCUUGUCUGAACUUUACAUAAUACGUGGUAAAUUAUCGUAAAUGAGAGCGACAAUGUGUUAGCGUCUCUCAUACGCUCUAAUUGAGGCUGAUUGGUGAUCAAAUCUUAUUCAGACAAAUGUUUGAUUUAUGUUCAACGUUAUGCUAAUUGAAAAACGAGCAGUGUUCAUUAUGUAAGGCAUAAGCACAUGUUGAAGAAGUAUCUCACAAUCAAGAAAACGAUGGAUACCAAGCACACAAACGAGGCCCCUGAUUCAGCCAAUCGGAGUGUUCAUGAGUGAGUUUGUGUCCGGUGUAUUUGAAGGUCAGAGGUUAUCAUCAGUGCAAUAGCUCAUUAUGUACAUUGCUGAAAUGUCUUUAUCAUUCAAACAAUAGUCAAGUGAGUUUAUCACAUCACCGGUUCGUAAUGUCAUUAUACCGUAUACCUCACAGUGCCACAUGCUACUCUGGAGUUAAAAAGCCCAGGAUGUACAGCAGCAGUAGGGUCGAUGUUUGUGUUGGGCUGAAUUCUGUGACUAGGUCGAGAUUUGAUUGUUUACAGUGAAGUGCUUUGUCUUCAAGUGACCUUGGCCCCGAUGGGAUAAUCGUAAGUGGUCUGGAUGUGAAACUGGAGCAGGUGGAGUAACAGAAUCAGUGCAGAGGUGGAGGCUCCACUUCAAAAAAAAAAUAUAUGUAUGUGCAAGCAACAUCAACAUCAGUUUCACAGUGUAAACCUUAAAGUGACAGUUCAACCCAUAAUCAAAAAAGGGAUCCCCCCCCCCCCUUACCUGUAGUGCUUUUAAUCAAGUUUGUUUUGGUGUGAGUUGACUAGUUUUGGAGAUACCGCUGUAGUGAUGUCUGCCUUCUCUCCAUUAUAAUGGGACUAAAUGGUGCUCGGCUUGUGGAGCUCAAAGCGCCAAAAAAAAAUACACUUGAAAAACUCAACAGCAAUUUCUCUUUCUGGAAAUCAUUUUUUUUCGUUAA